ACUCCCUGGUCCCUCCGGGCCCGGGACCCACAGGUGUAUACCUGAUCCACGUGUGUCACUGGCAAACCAUGGUGUGCCCAAGGUCAGGGGCAGGGUUGAGACUCCAGCAGCGACCCCCAGGAGGGCCCAGGGGUGGGGGGAGGCCAGGUGGGAGGGGCUUCCUGGAGGAGGAGGCCCUGUGGUGAGGACCAAGGGAGGGCUGGACCCGCUCGGCUGUGCAGGGGCUGGGGUAGGGGGCCAGCGCCCAGCCUCACCUUGGCUCCGCUCAGAACCCUCGCCCCCGGCCACCCCAGGCUGCCUCCUGGUUCCGGCAAACCCAGAGCUGCUGCUGGGCAGGUGGGAUGGUGGGCAGGGGCCCCCGGGGCCGGCCUCACCAGCGACCUGGCCACCCCGGCCAUUUGUUCCAAGCCAGCAGGGCAGGGAGAUGGGGCCCCCCCCAGCACCCCCCAGCGCCCCAGCCCCGGCGGGCACCACGGCUGUACCCGGGCUCAUUCCAGACCUCGUUGCCCGGAUCCCCUGGCCCCGCUGGGCACUGGUUGCCACCGCCGUAGUGGUUGGGGUCCUCAUUAUUUCCUGCCUGCUCUGUGUCAUCUGCUGCUGCCACCGCGGCCGCCACAGGAAGAAGCCCAGAGACAAGGAGGCCGUGGGCCUAGGCAGUGCCCGUGGCACCACCACCACGCACCUGGUGCAGCCCGAUGUGGAGGACCUGGAGGCUGACUCCGGGGGUGCCCAGCAGUGGGGGCGCCUGCUGCUGUCCCUGGCGUAUGACUUCAGAAGCCAGGAGAUCAGGGUGGGCCUCAAGCAGGCAGCAGACCUAAGGGCUGGGGACAGAGGCGGCACGGCAGACCCCUACGCCCGCGUCAGCCUCUGCCCCCCCGCUGGGCACACGCACGAGACAAAGGUGCACCGUGGCACACGCUGCCCUGUGUUCGACGAGACCUGCUCCUUCCACCUGCCGCCGGCGGAGCUGCCGCGGACCAGCCUGCAGGUGCAGGUGCUGCACUCCCGGCGCGUCUCCCCGCCCGAGCCGCUGGGCGCGCUCAGCCUGCCGCUGGGCACCGUGGACCUGCAGCACGUCCUGGAGCUCUGGCACCCGCUGGGCCCACCCAGCGCCCCCGAGCCCGAGCAGACGGGCGACCUGUGCGUCUCACUCCGGUACGUGCCCGGCUCCGGCCGGCUGACCGUGGUGGUGCUGGAGGCCCGAGGCCUGAGCCCGGGGCUGGCAGAGCCCUUCGUGAAGGUCCAGCUUGUGCUGAAUCAGAGGAAGUGGAAGAAGAGGAAGACGUCGCCCAGGAAAGGGACGGCCGCCCCUUACUUCAACGAGGCCUUUACCUUCCUCGUGCCCUUCAGCCAGAUCCAGAGCGUGGAUCUGGUGCUGGCCGUCUGGGCCCGGGGCCCUCAGUUCCGGGCCGAGCCCGUGGGCAAGGUUCUGCUGGGCGCCCGGGCCUCUGGUCAGCCCUUACAGCACUGGGCAGACAUGCUGGCCCACGCCCGGCGACCCAUUGCCCAGUGGCACCGCCUGCGUCCGGCCAGGGAGGUGGACCGGGCCUUGGCCUUGCAGCCCCGCCUGCGCCUGCCCCUGCCAGGCUCCUGAAAGCAGUGUCCUCGAGGGUGCAGGCCGCCCCGGGGACCACACAAUAAACGCCUUCU